AUGAAUUUCAGCAGUUUUACUACUGUAAACACCCUCACUGCGGCAUCUCUCGGCUCUAUCUCAGUCUACGACACAGAUUGUGCUUCCUCCCAGCCAAAUGCGCUAUUCAGCGCCCGCGCCCUGGAUGGUCAUAAAGCACGGUCACGCUGGGUAGCCGACACAACCAAACUGCAUAGUGCAGGUCUUUCGGGCUUUUUCAACCUUAAUGGUCUAUCUUUUAAGCCGCUUGGAGAAGUGCCGCGCGGACUAAUCUUGGAGAUUAUUGCAUGGGAGAUACGCGACUCAGAAGCCCAGAAUGUGUACAAUACUUGGGCUGCUUAUACUGAAGGGGGUCAGCAGGAUAUGCAGUACUAUGAUUUCACAAUGUUUGGAGGAUUCUGGGGGGAAACGGUUAACAUGGUUGAGAUCGUUAUCCGGGCUCCAGAUGAGGAGCAGAAGGAGGUAGAUUGGGCUUUCUGUCUGGAUGAUCUGGACGUUGAAUUCUUGGAUAGGGGGUUAGACGAGUGA